CAGGCAAUUGCUUUUAGCAGUGAGUAUAAGCAAGCUCGCAGCGGAACAAGCUGAUUAUGCCAAGAUUCUCAAGACAGGCCCAAGAUGGCGCAGACAGCAAAAUGGCAGCCAGGCACGGCGCAAAAAUCCCCUAAAGGUCCCCACGACACCCCCGAGAAAGUCCCAGCCAAGACCGGGCUAACGGCGAUGUUGCAUAACGGUGAUGUUGGGAAUCAAAUUGCAGGAAAUCGCGAACCACACUUGCCUACAUUUCCAAGGUACGGCAGGUUCGCGUCGUGAUGACGUCGGCGUUUGUCUCUCCACCCCGUGGAGGAUCGCUCGACCUCGAACGAUCACGGCACAUCUCAUCGAUAACUCUGGGCCUGUCGCCCGAUGGUGGGCCACCCGGCGGCGCUCCACCCUGAACGCCCGCCACGGGGGCCACCGCCGCAGCGGCGCGGCGCGUAGCCUGCCGUGCGGAGCCGCGGCGCGGCCUCCCCGUGGCGCGGAGCCGAAGCUCCGCGGCAGCGCGACAGGAUGGAUGAUGGGACGGUUGCCCACCGCCACCACCACAGAUUGGAAAAUGACUGCCGCGGUUGCUGGGCGGCCCCUCUCAGGAGCGGGAACAGCUCGUGGACCAGCUCGGACUCGCACCGCUCUGUCGCGCCAUUCGGGGUGGGAAAAGGACAUGUUGAGUGUAGAAGUUCUGUUUCAAAAGUUGAAUCUGCCAGUGCAGAAUCAUAACUCGUCUUUCAUUUGUACUGCAGGCUCUCCUUCGCCGCCAACUCCUGCCUCGUUGCCUCCGAGAUCUGGAACGAUCUCCCCGAUGGCAUCCACGCUUCGUAAGGACGACGUCGAGGGUGGAUAGGAAAGUGACCUAUACACAAUUGCCUGAGCUUCGGCCUUCAGAUCGGGCUUGGUGGUCGAAAUGAACCUGCCCUUUAUGCUGAGACCUGCGGCCUUGGCCAUCUCGUCGCCGAACACCAACAUUUCAGACUUGUCUACCCUGAGCCUCUUCUUCUUCUCCGCCGCAUCCGCAUAAUGCUUCCGCCCGUUGAUGAGUUGGAAGAUCGGUACAUUCAGCCGGCGAAACUCGUCAAAGAGCACUCGGUCUUGCGGUGGUACACUGAAGGAGGAACUCCCAGGCUUCACAACCCAAACGACGGCAUUCAGAGACUGCCGGGUUGCUUCGAUGACUGCAUCAUGCUUCUCCACAUUACCAGUGGGGUCUGGAAAGGCAGGAGUAUCCACAAGGCUGAGAUUGACCAUAUAUUCCUUGCCGUCGUUUCCUAUGAGAUCUCUGGAGAAACGCUUGCUGACGACGUCUUUAGUACAACUAGCCUUGCCGCCAGUACAGACGUGAAAAGCCUUCUUCUCAUCGGCCAUUGCGUUUAGAGCCGUUGAUUUCCCAUGGCCGGAGUACCCCAUGAUCAGAAUUGAUGCAUCGCGAUACUGGACUGGUGCGUACUGGCUCGCCACCAGCUUAUGUAAACACACAAAACAAAGCGCGGCGCAUGCCCUCAUAACGCGGGCUCGGAUCCAAGAAGGUGGAACACCGUGCGAGAGUGUCAGAAACGUAACAUCCGCGCCUGAGCCAAAGCGUUUACGGACUGCUUGUGAAGACCUG